AUGAAUUCCAACGACAAAAUUGACAUCGAUCAACCAUUGUGGGACCAAUCUACGUAUAUUGGUAGAUGGAAACACUAUGCUUUUAUCACUGAUUGUCGUACUGUGAUCGUGCCUAGAGAAAAAUUACUGACGGCGAAACAACUCUGCGAGGACUACAGAAAUGAUACAGUACCUCCUGGUACUGCCAUGAAGGAUAUCAUAUACGCAAAAAAACUCAAAGACAGUGCGUUCCAUCCGGACAAUGGUCAACUGAUGCACGUACUUGGUAGAAUGUCCUUUCAAUUACCCUCUUCUGUCACGAUUACGACAAUGAUGCUGACGUUUUACAAGAGUGCAACCGCCAUCGUGCUGUGUCAAAUAAUUAACCAGACGCACAAUGCUCUUCUGAAUUACACCAACAGAAAUGCAAUGACCGACAACGAUUUUGCUGAUAAAAACUCGGUUAAAACGGCAUUCUUGUGUGCAGUAUCAGCAAGUUCCGCAGUAGUUGUUGGAUGUGAAAAGAUCCUGCAUCAAAGAGGGCCUUACUUCAGUCAGUUCGUUAUAACGUAUCUUUUUUUCUUGUUCCUUUUACAUUUUAUUCCUUCUCUUUUUUUCUUUCAGAGAUGUGUACCGUUUCUCGUAGUUGCAACAGGUGAUGUAACAAAUCUGCCGCUUAUGCGUCAAAGAGAAAUAAUGAUGGAUACGCCGCUAUUUAUCGAAGAUGCAAUAGAGCCUAUUAUAAACUCUAAAGUAGCAGCGGUAAAGGCUAUUUCUGAAUGCGUUCUCACGAGGAUAGCGUUGGCUGUGCCAUGCCUGCUUUUUAUUCCAAUGAUCACACAAGCAAUCAAGCCAUACUGUUUUUAUCAGCGUGGGCAGUGGAUGAUAUACCCGAUCGAGAUUACUUUUGCGUAGUUGGGUAAUUUCCAUCUUUACCAACCUCAGUUUCCUAUUCACAACUGAUUUGCUGUUUACCAUGAUCUA